UUUAGUAAUACAAAAAUGGACAAACCGGACUAUAUCAUAAAACAAUACAAACCAUCACUCUUAGAAUUACUAAGAGUUCUCUCAUUUGAAACUAUCUACGCAAAAUCGAAUCCAUGCUCCGAAAAGAAUUCUCCACGCAGCCCCCCCACAUGCAAAGAAUCUCCAGAUACAUAUGGAGACACUAAAAAUUGUGAAUGUGGUACAAGAGAUGGAUCCAAAACGGGUGAUCGAGGAAAAACGGGGGCUGGAGUUACAGGUUCCAGAGCUAGGCAAGAUUGCCACAGACAAAAAGAUCCCGACGAAUUGCCUACAAGCGCUGCUAAUCCUGGGCUGUUGCGACACAUUCAUAACGCUGCUCGCUACAGAUUACCACAGUGUUUCGAGGGGGCUUGUGUUUCUGUUAAGCAAAGAUCAACCAAUAAUUGGAUCUUAGGCCACUCGAUGUUAUUCAGCUCCGUUUCACCAGGUGGCUAUAAGAUGUUGAUAUCCUAUUUAGACAAGGAGAAGCCAUCCAGUAUGCCGUACUUUGUAAUGGAGGCAGCACCAGGUGGACAAAUGAGUUGUGAGACGAGAGUCGGACCAUCGCAGGGCACUCGAGCAACUGUUGUUGCUCAAAUAGCUGAAGGAGAGCUCUAUAGUUUCGAGGGCAUAUUGGAUGCAUAUUUUAAUAGUUUCACAACUUCUGUUAUUGCAGUAAAUCGAGAAUUCAUAGCUCUUCAUUAUCUUCAGGCCAUCACUGACCGGUUUUCGUUGGGAGCAGAGAUAGUGGCCCGAGGUAAUACUGCAGAGCUGAGUUCUGCUUCAGGAGCCGGUCGAUGGACUACGGAUGAGCAUACCGUGAGCGCUACGCUUGGAAACCGAGGACUGGAUGUUUGCUACGCGAGAGUGGUUAAGCCUUUCUUGACAGUUGCUGCGAUGUUGGAGGUCGGUUUUUCGAUACGCCAAGCGGUUGCUACGCUCGCGUAG